AGAGAGAAACCUACUCAGUGGGGUUUAACUUGAUUGUGUUAGCUGUUGUUUUUUAUGAAGAAGUUCCACAAGCUUGGCAAGGCAAAGUCAGCUAUGGUUCCUGCUUCCGAUCCCUACGCUGUGAAUCCGACGUUUAACGCAAAUGUACAGAUAUUCGGUGAGGCUAUCGUUAAGUGUUCCUCAUGGAUAUUCUGCAGAUACAGAAAUUACAGACAAAGAAUACUCCUUAGUUAAACACUGGAGGGAGCCCAUGCAUUUCGAACGAUAUGCAGACAAGAUAUUAUGAACAACAGGGCACGAGGAGCGAUUCAUAGGAAGGAGUUUACGAAGAAUCUCUCACCUGAUAAAAUCAACGUAAGUACGCUCAAAGGAGAAGGACAACUGACAAACCUGGAACUGGAUGAGGAAGUGCUCCAAAAUGUGCUGGAUCUGCCCACUUGGCUGGCUAUUACCAGGGUAUACUGCAAUAGGGCAGCCAUUAGAAUACAAUGGACAAAGCUGAAGACUCACCCCAUUUGCCUGUUUCUCGAUAAAGUGGAAGUAGAAAUGAGAACUUGUGAGGAACCUCGACCCCCAAAUGGACCAUCUCCAAUUGCCAUUACAGCAGGUCAAAGUGAAUAUGGCUUUGCAGAAAAGGUGGUGGAAGGAAUGUCUAUUGUGGUGAACUCCAUUGUAGUUAAAAUUGAAGCAAAAGCUUUCAAUACUUCAUUUGAACUAUGGCAACUCCAAGGCUAUAGUGUGAAUCCCAAAUGGCAACAGAGUGAUCUCCGAUUCACAAGAAUUACAGAUCCAGAGCGAGGGGAGGUUUUGACUUUUAAGGAAAUAAAUUGGCAGACACUCCGUAUUGAGGCUGAUGCAAUCCCAGGCGAUCAGAGCAUUAUCAGUACACCACUUAGACUAAUUACCAACCAGUCAAAAAUCAAGCUUGUACUCAAGAGAAGGGUGAAAGAUUGCAAUGUGGUGGGCUCAAAGCUAAUGUUCCUUUUGGAUGAUUUGCUAUGGGUGCUGACUGACUCCCAGCUGAAAGCAAUGAUUGAAUAUGCCCAGUCACUCAGUGAGGCCAUGGAGAAUUCAGCCAAGCAGCGGAAGAGAAUGGCUCCAGACACUGAAGGGACAAGUGGAUCAAUGCCUAGUGUCCAUCAGACGCGAACCCAACCAGCUUCUUCGAGCAGCAGUUUGAACAGUAUUAGUCAGUAUUUUGAUAUGUAUGAUGUGAAAGAAUCAUCCUAUCACAGUCAUAUCUCGCGCCUGGAUUUGCACAUUUGUGAUGAUGGUGCCUCUACAGAACAAGGAGGAUCUAAACAUCGAAUUGCUGGAGGAGCUAUACAGUUAACAUUCAGAAACUUGAGCCUGGAUUAUUAUCCCUUCCACUGGGCAAAUGACAGUUGCAAACAUUGGGUUAGACAUUGUGAAACAAUGGAAGCUAGAACACGCUGGGCCAAAGACCUGCUUCAAGAGUUUCAGUCCAAAGUGCAGACAGUAAUAGAUCAUAAUGAAGAUGCAACAGUUGUCAGAUCACCAACAAAAGAAUCUCCUGGCAAAAGAAAGGGGUCACCAACUCGCAAAAUAGUUGCUGGCAAAAGACCUGCAAGUGAUCAGUCUGCAUCAGCUGCUAAUUCUGAUUCUCGGCACCCGCCAUGGAACAGGCUGCGCUCCAGCUGUGUGGUGAUCCGCAUUGAUGAUUUGGAUGUUUAUCAGGUGUCCACUGCAGGUCAGCAUAGCAAGAAGCCAACAUCGUUACUUUCCUGCAACAGGACAUCUUACCAUCUUCCAGCUGGCAUGUCAGCAAUUCACAUUGAAUUCACUGAAUACUAUUUUCCUGACAGUAAAGAAUUUCCUGUGCCUUCUCCUAAUCUUUAUGUAAAGCUCAAUGCCUUGCAAUUUACACUUGAUCCAGUCAGCAUGCUGUGGAUGAACUCCUUCUCUUUGGAUUUGUAUCAGACACUACAGCAGUUUAAAGCCAUUUAUAAACUGAAUAAUUCUGUGAAAGUGGAUGAACAUGUUGACUUUUGCAUGAAUGGACUCCUGUUGAAGUUCAUUAUUCCUGUGGACAAGAAGGUAAUGGCUCAUCCAGACAGACCACAAUACCUCACCAUUCAGACUUCAGAUGUUGUAGCUACGAACACCCGUCACUCUCUAAAUUGCACGCACUCUGAUCUCCAAAUGGUGCUAAAAGCCUUCAAAGACUUUGAAUUCUUUCAUGUGUCAUAUAAAGAAUUCCCCAAAUAUGCAGACAGUUUUGAUGUGCUGCAAAGUGUUUUCUUCCAUCAUGCUUUUGAGCAACAAAUCAAUAUGGAUAGAAUACACACACAAAAGAAUUGCACCUAUGAUGUAUUGAAAACAUUGUCAGCUGCAGACAUUUGGUCGCUCCAUUUUUCCCUGCUGUGGUUGGACUUUGAAGGCAUUGAGAGUUCAAAGGGAAAGCCUUGGAAUUUUGUGGAUGCCUUUCCCCUUUCCAUUUGGGUGUCCCAACCAUCUAAGUUUCAGAAAGCCAAGGAAUUCUCCAGCCAUUCAGCAUCCGAAUAUAGCACUGAUUUAGAGGAUUGCAACACUGGUUUGGGCCACAAACUUAAUUUGCUCAAUUGCAAAGAAUCCCUUGGAAAUGGAUUACAGGCUAAUACAAAGCAGGAUUUUAUGGGAGCAGAUGUGCUCCGAUCUUCUAAAGGGAUUGGAGAGCAAGGAAAAUUCAGAGAAGCCAGCACAAAGGAUGAUUCUGAGGCAGAUGUACAUGUUCUAGUGUACAGCACUGCCCAUGUAAAAGCACAUAUAAACCAUUACCAUUACCUUGUUCUACUCAGAUUGAAGGAGUGUCUCAUUCAGUUACAGGAGGACCUCAAUCAGGAUGUGCAAAAGUUGACUAAAAAUCCAGUUAAAUCUGGCAGUACUUGCAUAGGGUUGUUGAUAAAAAGUGCAGAAAUUGCUUUACUGCUUCAUCCUGUACCAGCCAGUCACGAUGAUGCCAAAUCCCGGGAAUCUGAAAGCACAAGUCUCGCUGAGUCAGAACUUUCACCUUCUGGAAGUAAAGAGAGUCUGACUGUGGAGGUAAAACCUUUGAACAGAGCAACAACUGAUCAACUGGACACUACCAUUAAUUCUAUGGAUGACAGUGGGAUUCACAAUGGGGAUUUAAGUAUUGCCACAUCAUUAGAUCUUGGUGUUUUGUCGCAAGAUGGUAUGCUUGUGAGCAGUGCUCCUGUUGCUAAUGCUAAAGAGGUAGUAGAAAAAGGACUUGUGGAGGAAGCAUUUGAAGCAGUGGAGUCACUAGACGCUGAACAUUCUGGAGAUGUCAUUGAUCACUGUACAUCUCACCCCACUUUAGCCACAAGCACACCUUUGAUUUUACACCCACAAAGAAAGAGCAAAUCAUCUCUUGAUGAUGUCCAGACUGAUCCUGUUCCAUUUGAGGAUGUUGAUUCAACGCCAUUGACCGUAACAAAGGAUGUUGCAAAAGAAGCUUUGCUCAUAACUGUGGAUUUCACUAAAGAAGCUGUUUGUCUCACAAAAGAUGCUUUCAGUCUCAGCAAGGAAAAGAUGGCAAGCACAAUGCAAAAGAUGCUUUCUCUAUCGUCCUCUAGAGAACAGCUGUCAAAAGGAGAAGAUGGUUUAUCCUCUUCUUUAUCCAGCACCAAACUGCGACUUUUAAACAUGAAACGCACCAACUCGCAGCAUUCCCUCGACAGUAUGUCAUUUGACGGAAGUCUGACAGAAGAUGGAAUAUCUGUGGACAGUGACAGCAGUGAGAAGUAUGUUAUCCUCCUAGAAGCAGAAUCUGGACAAGAAUCUCUUCCCCCAGAUACCUGCAUUGAUACGACAGGUGGAAUGGGCAGCAGUCAGAGUCUACCGGAAUUUGUAGAUGGAGGACAUGGAGCACAAGGCUUUCACAAACCUUCCACAAUGACAAAUUCGUCAACUCAAAGUGAGGAUGAUUCUAAUGCUGAACAGGCUUCUGUGUUGUUGCUGAAGAUAUUUGACUUAAAUUGUGGAAUUGAUAUCAGAGGUGAUGAUCUUUUUGUUGGUGUUGAAGCAAAAGAAGUGAUUCCUGAUCAGUUGGGCAACUUGGGAGUGCAGCAGUUUCUGAGCAGCCGUACAACUGGUUUUCAGAAGGCCUGCUGUCUGGAGUCAAAGAGAAACCAACCUGCUGUGUGUUUGAGAUUUGAAUCUGGACCACACUUGCUGGUUCAUUCUCCACUUGCUGUCAAGAAUGGAUUUUUACAAUUCCAUAUCAAUAAUUACAACACAGAGCUGCUGAUGUCAUCUCUGACAAACCUGGGCCCUUUCUUGGAGGAUGAGAUCAUUCCAGAGGUGAUUCCAAUGAAGAUAGAACUUUUCAACUGCAGAAUAACUCUCAAGGAUGAUGGCCCACGAUUAUAUGCUACAUCUCCUGGCCCUGUACCUGUGCAUCUUGAUGUUGAUCACCUUGUGGUUCAGCGGAUUGAUGACGGGACUUUUUGUAUAAGGGCCAUCCAGACAAACAAAAAUGAACCAGUGUUGACAAAACUGGAGAAUUAUUUGGUCACAACUGAAUCACAUCAGCCCAAACUUGGAUGGGCGAAAGCUGGAGAAAUGCAGCCACUGUCUGAGAGCCAGAGUCCAUCAGAUCUGGGCAUCAGCACUAAAGAUAUGCAGAAUGAACUCCUUAGGCAGGAACUUGUCAGCUUGAAGGAAGCUUUGACAAAGGCAAAUCAAGAUCGAGAGAGGUUGCUGCAAGAAGUCAAGAAACUGAAUCCUAACUUUAAGCUUUGACUGUUGCUACUGCUAACAUCCCAAACACUAUGUGAUUAGAACGAAUGUUAUCAUCUGAUUGGUUACUAGAACGAUCAGCAUAAACCUUGAGUCACCAAGUGAACCCAGCAGCAGUAGUUACAAGAGCAAGGUCUUCCAGUCUGUAUGGAAGGGACCCUUCUUAAGUUCCAUUGAUAUUUUGUAUUAAUUUGUCAAAAUGACAAUAUGUUGGUUGUUGCACACAGCACUUUUGAAGUGUGAUCAUGGUGGUUAUAAAAUUGCAUCAUAACUUCAGAUAGUUAAAUGGGUAACCACCUUUUUUAAAAAUAAAACUGGAAUAAGUAAGUUGCAAGUACAGCAGCAGAGUUUUGGUUGGUGCACUUAAAUGAACAAUGGAGAGGAAUAUUAAAUUAGUGAUGUAUAUAACUGAGGACAUUCGUUUACUCUGAUACAAGCAACAGAAUAAUAUUGGUAUUAUUAAUCCAGGACCAGCAAAUGAAGUAAAGGUGCAUCUUAAUAACCUUGUGCUCCCUAAUUUAUAUUUUGUGUAUAUAUCAAUCCCAUUUUACUGAAUAGUUUGUUUAUAACAUACUUUGAAGCCACUUGCAACCUUGAACAGCUGCCACGCUGGUGUGCUUUUGGAGAACUUGUGGAGCAGUUCCUGUGUGCUUGUGGCUGUUGCUGUAAGUUCUGUCAGCAAAAUAAAAACUAGCCAAUGAAUUUAAAACACAGAUUUUAAACAAAGAAACUAUUUUGAGCUCUCUGUACAUUUAAAUUAACUUUUGGAGUUAGCUUUAAGAUUCCGUGAGUGUUUGUCUUCCCAGUUAUGAGCGACUGUUGGUGUGGACAGAAAUACAAACAGUCAAUGGUGAGAAUCCCUUCUGAAGGGCUUCCUUUCAGACUGGACAGCAGUAGGUUUCUGAAUAACUGUCAAGCGAAUUGGUUUGCACUAUUUCUUCAUAAUUCCUGUUUUCAGCCAAAUUUUCUUAUCCAUGUCUAAUUAAUGAUCAUGACCCACUCCAAGGGUGGGAAAUCACCUUCUAUACAACUUGGUUUGUUAGAGAUGAACAUUGAUCAGGUUUCUGGUGUAGUCCACCAUUCACACUAACUUUCUUGUUUUUCUGCUUUUUGGUUUUUCUCUUUUUGUUUUCCUCUUCUCUUUCCCUAAAAAAAAAAGUCUCAGUGCAGAUGAGCUUCAUUAAAUUCUGCUAAUUUCUAAAUCCAAUAAAAUGCAACGUUGUUACUUUGAAUUAGUUAUAAUAUUUGCCAAGUAAAACCAGAAAAAUGUGCUAAAUAACUUGAUUUCUAACUCCAGUGCUGAACAAAUUUUGUGCUUGCAAUCUGAAGUAGAGCACAUGGUUGUCCAAUUUUUUGCUAUGUUUACACAAGGGAAUAACUUUUUUUACUUUGUUAAAUAGGAAGUGGUUGAUCAGGAGGGUGAAUGUGUAUACAGUAGAUGUGCAUUUAGAUAUUUUCAGUCUAUUAAGUCACUUUGCUAAUACUGUUUCUAAACAUUAUUGCUCUGCCAUUAUCCAAAUUUCCUUCAUGGAUGCAAGUUCUUUUUAAUCUGCUACAUCUCAUUAGAUAUUGAGUCCAUAGAUGAACUGUGAUUAACAGGUGUUGAGCUUGGUUUGCUGCUCUGAAUCUUUUGAUGUUUACGUUAUAGCCCAGUCUUGAUUCGGGAUGCUUCAGUGCAUUCUCCUGUCACUAAUGUUGUUUCUUUUUUUUUUGACAUCCACAUUCUUCACAGAAUAAGUUGUCAUCUCAAAUUGUGAUUCUGAUUUUUGUUUCUGUAAUCUUAAAACAAAACUGGAGUUUAAUGAGAUUGCUCUUUGUUUCCUUGUGGUUUUGAGAGCAGUGCAUGUUAGUGUACCAACUCAUCUCCUGUUUUUAAAACCAAAGAGCAGCACCAUUUUAGAUUAGUUUCUUCCCCAUUGUGGGCAAGUUACGCAGUUAUGAAUCUCUGAAAUACAGUAGCACUCAAACCUCAGCCAGGAUGCUUUGGAUUUUCUGUUUCCAAAAUCCUGGGAGUCAAAAUUGUUCUAGUCAAUAAUUGUGCAAGAUGUAACUUCUUGCAGGUAGUGCAGACUUAGCCCGGUUACUGCAACCCCGUAUCCUGUCCAGAAUCAGAAAUGGCUCAACUUGCAUACAGUUGAAGCAGAAGUAAAGUUAUUCAAAUUUGUCUGAUAGUGAGUGCAGGAAUAACUGAGGUGUUAUAGCUCUUGAGAUGGACAAUACUUGCAUUAAAAGCUAUACUGAUAUGUAUUAGGAGUUGCUUUAAAAAAAAGGCACCCUGUAUCAAGCAGAAGACUGAAAGGAUUCUGGUUUCUGACUAGCUUGCUAUUGUUCAAAGGUGCUCUUACCUGCUCAGUUUCAAUCACUGGUUGGUUGCUUACACAAUCAACAGGUAUUUUUAGUAAGUUUGGAACAACUGAACUUCUCACUACAGUAGAUAUUGCUGUCUUUUUGACAUUGGCAGUUUUAUUACACUAGAACAUAGCUGAAACUGGUUUGUUCCAGUAUGAAGCAAUUCAUCAGAUUUGAAGUGCGAACAAAAUGUUCUGAUCAAUUUCCAACUGAUGAACAAUAAGCCAGGGAAGUCACUAUGGGUCAUAUUAGCUAUUAAAAUGUGUUAGUGUAUUAGAGACUUUUUUUUUUCCUGCUUUCUAAUUUUCAUUCUCCUACAAUUGUAACAGGUCCUAUAAGUUAACUCGUUACACCACAAUCAGAUGGCAAAAGAUUUUUAGAAUGAAACAAGUUGAAGAAUUUGUAACCUGAAAUAAGUUAGAUAACCUCAGACAAAUGGCAAGAUGAAUUGGCUUCAUAUUUUUGACUGGGUAGGGUGAGAAAGGAAUGAGCUCCAGUUUCAACUCCUUUCUUAUUGUGACUUUAAUGAAGGUGCACAUAUGGUAGUGUUUGGGGGUGGUGCCAUAAAACCUGAAUGAUGUUUAUUGCCGGCUAACGUGAAGAAUGGCUACUUGAGUUGGUAGUGGAGGAAUAUGGUGUCUGUGCUCAAGUGGUGUUAAGGAUUUAUAGGGCUUGUACUGAGACUGAAGGGACGCAGUACUUAUGUAGCCAUGCUGUGUAUGAAUGCAUUUGCGAAUUCACUUUUUUCAUGUUGCACAAUAGCUACCUUAGAUUAUAUUUUUGUUCUGUUUGCAAAAACCUCCUAAGCCCAAGAUCUUUAUCUUCCCAUUCCCAAGGGUGUAAAUCACAUUGCUGUGGUGACUACAGAACAAAAUGUUGUUUUGAAAUGACAACAACAAUGUUUGGAUUUUCUUUGCUUACUGCUGUCCAUUCUUGCCCAGCUGCGCUGAUUUAACCAAUGUGAUGCAGAAGUGGGGCUUUUCAGGUUGUCCAUACGGAAUACAGAUUUCUAGGUGUUUUUUUUGGGAAAUGCAGUAUUCUUCCAUAAAGCUCAGUUUUGUUUCAUUGUUGAGGUGAGGAAUCUUGAACAAUCAACUGCUUGGAGUCAAACUAAAUUGUGUUUCAGAACUGAGCUCUCACUGCUUGCACUCACUUUGUAGUGUGCUCGCCUGAUUUGCUGCAGUGUGGUAAAUGAAGGAAAAAAUCUCUAACUCGACAUUAGCCAGCUGUCAUAGUUUUCCAUGUUUUUUUCAUUUCAGACUUGAGUUGCAUUCCCUUUUCCCACCCCAUACUGCUCCUUCUCAUCUAAAUUUGAACUGGGGAAACCACAAUUCUCUAUCCUGUUAGUUAUUAUGGGGUGGAAAUAGUAAUUGCUAUCUACAUCCACUAGGCUCAAUAUGUGACACUGAAAGGAGUAAUUACUUUGAUAAAUAGAUCUGAUUUUUUUUCUUUGUACUGUUUUGAGAAAGUUCAGUUUUUCCAUAUAUUGAAGUGAGCUUAAAAACAUAGCUCUUGGCAUAUAAUGAUGUUUAUGUAAUUGGGAUUGGGAUGAAGGGAAGAUGGAAGAGCUAACUUUGAAACACACUUGCAGUUGUCUGAAUAAACAAUUAAUCUAAUAGCAGUAUUAACGACAGUAACUUGCAGCCAGUAGAGUUUCACUGGUUGGAACUUCCUGGUUUAAACCAGUGGGUUUUGUAUUAACACUGAACAAAGUAAUUGUUUUCAUUGAGUUUACUUUGUGCCUAAUGGCAUAUUUUGAAUACUGACUGUAAGGAAGGGGUAUUUAUGCUUCAAAUCUUUAAAAGUUAAAUGACAAAGUCGUCUCUCCAAGUUGAAUUUAUUACUGAACCAUUCGUUUACUACUCAGAUUAAAUCCAGAUGUGGAAUACAAAUGCUGUCAAUAUUAUUGUAAUACAUCUCUUUGGAGAUAAUCUUUUUUGGCGUUGACAUUUUGUUAAAUUGAAGCUUCUCUGUUUCCAGCUUUUUCUACUUCGAUCUGAAAGAACCACUUGAACUUUGAACAUGUAAUUAUUGUUUUUGAGCAACUUGUAAAGUCACUACUUAGUCGUAUUUAUUAACUAUAGUGGCUUUGGAAUGCUGAUCCCAACUUAGUUGUGAGGCACCAUUUUCUUUUUCAAUUUAAACAGAAUCCGUGUUUGAGGGGAAACCAACGUUUUGUUGUAACUAGUAAAGAAGGUAAAAUAUUAUUGAACUAGUUUAUCUUACUUGCCUACAGGGAAAGUGGAAAAUUUUACAUCGUUGAGGACUAGACAUUGAGAAACAAAGUUGUGUUGGCGGAUCUCAAUGAACUGUUCACUGCUUGGUGUGAAGAGAUUUUCUUGUCUUUUGACAAGGAAUAACAAAAUCUGCCUUUAAUACAUUAAGUUGUCACUUCGUUUUGUAAUAACGCUUGUGAUACUCUGCAACAGGCAAUCCAGAGUCUCUGAAUGCAAUAUGCUUCUAUAUAUGGACAUUUUUAAUCUGAAUCAAAAUAUGCUCAAGUUUUUAUGUUGAAUUCUUUAAAAUAACUCUCUGAAAGCCACAAUUAUUGUGAUCUAAAUUCCUCCUCCCAUUCUUCUGACCUUAGUUUAUCCUUGCUGAACAAUGUCAUGCCUUUUGACUUGAAAUCUUUCUCCUCAGUGGCAUAACUGGCCACUAUUUUUUCUUUUUACCUUUUAUUCCUCCCUCAACUUGGAACAAUACUUUGCCACUAAAACUGAACUUGAAGGACAGCAGAUACAACCCAUGCACCAGCAUACUCUGCCACCAUACACUGAAAUAUAUUGCUAUGCCCUAAUUUGUCAAAGACAUAUGAAUUAUUACAAUGAUUUACUGGAAGUCUUCUAAGCAAUGUCACAACCAGGACUGAACUCUACCAUUGCUUCCAAGUAUUUUUUGUGUGCAUGCACUGAAAUCUAGCAAAUCUUUUUUAGUACUGCCACUGUCUUUUGUAAUCAAAUGCUGGUUUAUGUGUUAUCUGUAAAAGAGCACAAUUGAUUUCGUACAUCUGAAGUGUUAAAUUCUGAGUUUGCUUCUGAGCUGCCUAUUACUUGAUGCACUGGUUAAUCCUCUAUAACAUGUACAAAUAUGAAUGUGUCACACUUUGUUUUGCAUUAACAUUGCUUAUUGAAAUGAGAACUUCACCAGAAAGUUCAAGGCAACACAAACUACUUGCACAGCACCUUUUGUGAAAUAGGCUGAAAAUAUACAAAUUUUUUUUGUCAUCUCCUGAGAUUAACUAUAUCUUUGCAAACACUUGAAAUUAGAGAAACUGUAUCAACUGCAUUAAUUUUGAUAGAUGCUUUUUGAAAACAGCACCAAAAUGCAAAUGUCCAGUGCAGUGCCCAAAUGUUCUCGCUGAACUUAUCUCUGGAUAUGUGGAAAAACUUGAACCAAAGACUCGAUAUAAAAUAUCAAUCAAAAUAUGCAUGUGUUUUGAUUCAAAUGGUUACAUUUAAAUUCUAGUUACUUUGAUCUAAAUUCUUCUUCCCUGUUCCAUCCAUCCUACUGCCCAUCUUACAAUUUUUCCUUGCUAAAAAUGUCAUGUCUUUCAAAACAAGACCUUUCCCUCACUCAUAACUGCAAGGUGUUUUUACUUUUCAUCUUGAAAUUUUAAGUUGGAGUUCAAGUAAAUUUCUUUCACAUUGCCAAAUUCAUUAUCUUUACUUUUGAUUUGAACUUUAGAGCAUUAAAACUAAUAUUCCUGUGCCAAUUUUUUGUCAAAAUGUGGACAUAACUUGUAUCAUCAAUUUAAUUGUUGCCCAUUGAUCUUUCUGGUGCUCUUUUUCUAUCAUUGUGGAAAGGAUUGAUGACUGCUCAUUAUAUUUUGACCAUUUCUUGUCACGAUCAGAAGCCAGCAUUUCUCCACUGUUGUAAUACUGAAUUUAUCCAAUGCCUUAGUCCAGUGCAAACAAAGGUAGUAAUCAAAACUGUUUAAUCAUUCCAGGUUUCACUUGUGUAUUUUAACUGAUGCACAGAGGUCUUUAGAAGUCACAACUAAAUGUAAACAGCUGAAACUUGAUUAAAUCGUUCAUGCUCAAGUAAAAGGCACACGCAACUUUUUGCUCAAAGAUAUUUUAAUACUGUACAGUUAAGAAUGCAUGAGCAUUGCAACACAGUGGUAAAACUACCAGUAAUGUGGUUUAAAAUGUGUGUUUGAGGCAUUCAUGUUGAAGUUCUGCUGUGGUAUUUUCAGUUCCACAUUUUCAGCCACUACUACACAUGUUCAUGACUGGUUCUGUGAAUCAGUACAGUUAAAUAUUUUUUGAAAUAAAUUAAUAUCAUCUAAUGUUUUGUCUCUUUGCUGAAAUGUGUCUUUAGUAUUCAAUAGAUGUAGCUUGAACACUGAAAUAUUCCCUUUUACUGUUUGAGGUAUCUUUGGAACUUUAUUUUUUAGUCAAACGAGGCUCCUGUUGCAUUUUUAUUUUGUUUCUUAAAAGGACAAAUACUAUGCUAAGCCUUUCAAAUGAAGGAAAAUAUAGAGUGAACAAGAUGAAAUGCACGUGUCUGAUAUUGGUAACAAUCAUAGUUUGACAGCAAUGAACAGAGAUUACAACAGAAGAAUCUACCAGCAAAUAAUGAAAUGAAAGGCAGUUUCUCUGAAUGCGUGCAAUAUUGUUUUUUAAAAAAUAAAUGAAUUGGUGACAAAGGUAAGUAAACAGGUAUGAUAGCCAUUGUGGCAAUAUUGUUGCAAGGUAGCUACAGCUGUGAAUAUUCAAAUGUCCUUGAUAUUUUGUCCAUGUACACAUAUAUAAUUGAUAAUUCUGUUAUUAAUUGUACUGAUGUCAUUAAUUAAGAAAUGAUCUUGCCUUGGUGAUUUAAGAUGUGGAAAGAUUUCAAUAAAAGCCAGGAAAGAGAGUCUUUUGAUGGAAGUCAACUAUUAGCCCCUAACAGAAGCUACAUUGUGGUCCUUGAAAGAUGUAAUCAAAUCAAGAUGUCUUGCAUCUCCAUAUUGAUAUGUAUAUAACAAAGUUUGCCUUGAGACAAGUUAAUUGCAUGUAUUUGGCACAGUUUUUUUAGAUCAAUACAUUGUGGAAUCAAAAAAGGAGUGGACUAUUUUUGAUCUACAAUUAAGAUUAAUGAAUACUCUAUUCAAACUAUUCUCAAGGGAAGUUUAUCAUCUUGGAAAGUAAUU